AGCGGGCGGAAGAGCGGGCCAGGCGGACGGGCGGAAGCGUCUCUCACGCCGGGCCGCCAUGCCGGGGGACCACCGCCGCAUCCGCGGGCCGGAAGAGUCGCAGCCGCCGCAACUGUACGCGACCGAAGAGGAGGAGGGGCCGGCUGAUCGCGACCCCACGCGACUGCGACCCGUGUUCGCGCGCGCGGGGCUGCUGAGCCAGGCUAAGGGCUCGGCCUACCUGGAGGCGGGCGGCACCAAGGUGCUGUGCGCGGUAUCGGGCCCGCGCCAGGCCGAGGGCAGUGAUCGCGGCAGCGGCCCGGCCGGAGCGGGCGGCGAAGCCCCAGCGGCGCUGCGCGGCCGGCUGCUCUGCGAGUUCCGCCGCGCGCCCUUCUCCGGCCGCCGACGCCGCGCCCCGCAGGGCGGCUGCGAGGAGCGCGAGCUGGCGCUGGCGCUGCAGGAGGCGCUCGAGCCGGCCGUGCGCCUGGGCCGCUACCCGCGCGCGCAGCUCGAAGUGUCGGCGCUGCUGCUGGAGGACGGCGGCUCGGCCCUGGCCGCCGCGCUCACGGCCGCCUCGCUCGCUCUGGCCGACGCGGGCGUGGAGAUGUACGACCUGGUGGUGGGUUGCGGCCUGAGCCGCGCGCCGGGACCCGCGCCCGCCUGGCUGCUGGACCCCACGCGGCUGGAGGAGGAGCGCGCCGCCGCCGGCCUGACCGUGGCGCUCAUGCCAGUGCUUAACCAGGUGGCCGGGCUGCUGGGCAGCGGGGAGGGAGGCCCGACCGAGAGCUGGGCCGAGGCCGUGCGCCUGGGCCUUGAGGGCUGCCAGCGCAUCUACCCGGUCCUGCAGCAGUGCCUGGUGCGCGCCGCUCGCCAGAGGGCCGCCGCCGCGCCGCCCUGAACCGCGGGCUUGAGGAACAACCGGCUGCCCCACCCGCACCUCACCCCCCGGAAGGAUCCUCACAGUCAACUUCCAGGCCCCCCGCCCCCCCCCCCCCCCCAAGCUGAGAAGCCAGCUCGGGAGAUGUGGGGAGGUGCGCGCAGAACUGGCGCUCGGACAGCAGUACUGGAACUCUUGUCUCCACACUUCCCCCCCAUCCCCCGUUGUGCAAUCCAAGGAUAUUUUCUACUUGAGCUGCCUCCCAGUGAAGUUGGAAAGGACUUCAGUUGGACUUAGCUGGAAAAUGGAGCCUGGAGUUAGGACUUUGUAAGGGAUGGACUCUGCAGGCCAGUCGGACUCAGUUCUAGAUAACUGGACUACUUUUGAGAGAAUGAAGAGGGCUGCGCCUUCUCACUUAUAUCUGAGUUAAAACAACAGCCCUUUUAUAUCUCUGAGAACCUUCUGUGUCUUCUGUUUUUGUACAGGGUUUAAAAGAGCAAAACUCUUCCGAACUAGCUGCCCGGUGCUUAGGCAGAGUUGAUGGAGGAAAAUGUGCUUGGAUGGAAAAGCUGCCCCAUAAGUACCAGAGUCAGGGCCACUGCUGAGUCGUGACAAGAGUGGAGAAGGGUUGCAUGAACCCAGGACCAUUCUGAGCACCCCUGGCCCCUUGUUUAGUGUCAGGCAAGAUCACAGCUCAGAGUUGAGUAGCUGGAAAGGGUCAUGUUCUUAGUGGAAGCCAGAGUCUACUGCUGGCUUAAUAGCUGAUGUUCCUUGCUUAGAUUUGACUCUCGGAGAGAGGCAGGUGAACUAAUAAAAGUGAAAACUUUGCAUGUUGGGAAAGUA